AUGGCCUCCGCUCAAGCUCCGGGUUCAUCUGCGCCUUCAUCCAAUAUAAACUCCCCCAUUAUACCGCCCAGCAAUGGCCCCCUUCUCAACGGCGCACUAUCCGAUCUGAACUCGCGCUCCUCUCCCGCUCCAGGAAGCAAUGCCUCGGUACAAGGCGAUGCGCGAGCAAAGCGGAAUAAGCGCGACAGUCGCAAGAAACGAGAAGCAAAAGGCCUAGAUACUGAAAGCGCACCACCACCCAAGAAACGCGCCGCUGCAGCCAGCCUCGCCAUCUCCAGCUCCAAUCUAUCUAUCCUCCGUCCCCUCUUACUCGCCGAGCCGCGCUCUUCAGACAGAUACCCGCCACAACCACGCCAACUCAGCUACGUCACCAAAAAGUCCUCCGCUGUGCUUGGUCAAAGCUGGGACUUUUACGAAGUCGUCGAUAAGCUCACGAAUAAGAACGGCUUCCGUUAUUCCUACGCCAUCGCCGACCCAGGCUUCCCCCAUAUCAAAUAUCGCCAAACAGACGUCCGCCCCUACCACGCUCGAUUUAGUUUCGAGGACUCCCCAGCCGCCAUAUCCUUCUCCCAAGACGCGACGGCGGUAACAACUAGUGACGCGUGGCAUACGGCGCGCGCAAAUGUUUGCGCGCGAGAGGGAACAUACUACUACGAGGCGCGGGUGAUAAGCGGCGUUGUCAACGAUCCACAAAACGCCGCCCGACCCGGCGGUCCAGCAUCUUCGUCUCGCGGCCACGUCCGGCUAGGAUUCGCGCGACGCGAAGCAGAUCUCGACGUCAAUGUCGGAGUCGACUGCUACGGGUACGGAAUCCGCGACGUCAACGGCGAAGUAGUGAAUCGAAUGCGCUGCGAAUUUUUCUUCCCAAAAGGCGAGGCCAUCAAUGAAGGCGACGUAAUCGGCAUGCUCAUCACACUGCCCCCACUAGCGCUACACAAAAAGAUCGUCGAGGGAACAUAUGAUCCCGCCGUGGAUGGAGUCGGAGACGGCACCGAUCCAGAUCCCGAUCCCGCUCUACCUUCGCCGCAGACCGGAUCUGCGGCCAAUAUAAUCCGAGACCGCAUUCCUUUCCACUGGAAGUCUGACUUCUGCUGGCAGCAGUCAAACGUCUUUUCAACCAAACAUCUCCGCGACUACGCAUUCAACUUGAAAGAAACGCCCACCUUUGGCCAUCCCUCUCCGCUGAACAGCGAAGAUGCCUCGCUGCGUACACUCCCGGGGUCCAGCAUCACGAUCUUCAAAAAUGGCGUUAAGAUGGGAUCGCCGUUUAAGGAUCUUUAUGCUUUUCUUCCGCCGGCUAGUCGUCUCGCGAACGGUACGAAUAACCUUGGCAUCGGCGAGCGCGAAAAUGCAGACGACGGUAUGAUCGGCUAUUACCCUGCUGUCAGCUGCUAUGGCGGCGGUGCAGUUGAGUGUCGAUUCGAAGGGCCGUGGUGGGUGGGACCGCCUGAGAAGACCGAGACAGGCGAACCCAUUCUUCCCAUCGGCGACCGAUUCAAUGAUCAAAUUGCUGAAGAUGUCGUUGCUGAUAUUGUGGACGAGCUCGAGGCUAUGUUUACAUGGGGCGGCGUGGAUGGGGAUGUCAUUGGCAAUAACAAUACGCCGGAUGGAACUGCCUCUGGCGCUGUUGGUGGCUCGGAGGUUCUGCAAGGUGGUGUUGGGGCAGCGCUUGAUUCUGCGAUUCUUGCGCCGGAGUCGGGCUCGGUGCCUGGUGCUGCAGCUGCUUCUGAUUCCGCGGCGAAUAGUAAUCAGGCUACACCGACUGCGAUUGCUGAUGUCUCUGCGACUCCUGUUGGAAAUGGAAAUGGAAAUGGAAAUGGAAAUGGAAAUGGAAAUGGGGUGAGCAAUGAGGCUGUUAGAACGCCGACUUCUGCCGUGGAGAUUCCCGUUGCUAAACAGGAUUCCGAUGUCGAGAUGACAUGA